AGGGUUUCCGAUCACCGAAAUCGUUUUCGAAAAUACCUUAUUGGUUUCCGAGGUUUCGGAAACCUUUUGGUUUUCGAGAGUACCGAAUUCGAUGCGCGUAGGGUAUUCUGGAAUACCUUUUCAUCAUUGGCGCAAACCAAAUUAGUAUUUUCGGAAACCUGUUGGGUAUCUUAGGAAACCGAUUCUGUCCUAAAAGUUGUUUGGGUAUCUAAAGAGGUAUCCGAGAAUACCUUAUCAGUUUCCGAAUCACUAUCUCGGAAACCUUAAGAGUUUCCGAAAGCUCGGAAACCCUAACUCGUACCCGAGCAUACCUUUUUGGUUUCCGAAUAACUUUCUCGAAAACAAAAAGAGUUUCCGAACUACUUUCUCGGAAACCUAAAAAGAUUUCGAAAGCUCGAAAAUCCUAAGUGGUACCCGAGAAUACCCUUUCGGUUUCCGAAUCACUUUCUCGGAAACCAAAAGCGUUUUCGAAUGGCUUUCCCGGAAACUUAAAUGGUUUCUGAAAUUCGAAAAGGUAUAGUGAAAAACAGAAAUCAGCUUUCCAACUUCACUUAACUACUGCACACUUUCUAGGCUUGGAAACUUUCACAAUGAGUUUCUAAAGCGUUUUAGAGCACAACAAUUUUUCCAAUGCAGAAAGUUCGCGUUUCAAAUUUAUGUUUGGAUCAUGAUUCUGUUCUUCAUUUCUGGAAUUCUUAGAGAAUCGAAAGCACUUAGGGCUUUCAUGCAACAUGUUUGAUUAUAUAUGUGCAGUUCAUAGCUUUCAAUAAAUAUAAACUUAAAUGUAAUUUUUUUUCUUUAUUUAGGUCUAUAUGAAUUUCCAUUACUAAUUCUGGUAAGUCAACUGAUUUAUAUAAACUUCAAACUAAUUUCUUUUUGUUUAUUUAGGUGUAUAUGAAUAUCCAUUAAAAUGUCGGGUCAGGGCUGCCAACCGUACCCAUUUUGGGGGGUACAUAUUUUGUACCCCAUUUCGAUUUUUAAGUCUGGAAUGUGAUAAAACACCAUAUCAAGGUCUAUAUGAAUGUCCAUUACUAAUUCUGGUAAGUGUAUAUGAAUAUCCAUUAAAAUGUCAGGUAAGUCUAUAUGAAUGUCCAUUACUAAUUCUGAUGUAUAUGAGUAUCCAUUAA